AUGGCAUUCCGUUCUAGAAAGCGCGUCUCAGAAGUCGCUGACGACUUCGUUGUCGAUGACGAGCCUCCUCGUACCAAGAAAUCCAAAGCCAAUCCUUCGAAAUUUGCUGGUUUCGGUAGCCCUCGUGGAAAUGUGGCCAGAAAAGAAGACUCAAAUGGAGACACCUAUUGGGAGAUUUCCAAAAUGCGCCGCGUCACUAUAUCCUCGUUUCGGGGUAAAACUAUGGUCAGUAUCAGAGAGUAUUACGAGAAGGAUGGGGAAGAGCUUCCCGGAAAGAAGGGUAUCUCGCUGCCAAUCGACCAAUUUUCCGCUUUGUUGACUCUUCUACCUGAUAUCGAGAUUGCUCUACAGGAGAAAGGAGUAGCAAUUCCUCGGCCGAACUACGUCCACCAAGGUACAAACUCCGAUGGCGACGAGGUGGAGGAUGAUUCAACUGAUGAGCUUUCGAGAGCUCGCCCCGCGCGGAAGAACAUUGAGGCCACAAGUGACGAGGAUGAAAGCGAGGAAUAG